UAACAAAAACUUUAUCAGAGUCUUGCAGAUGAAUUUUUUCCGCGACCAUAUCUUCGUUUGUCUGUGUUAAAGAGCUAGCGAAACACAAUCAAAUAAUUAGAACAAUGUGUAUGAAAAAUGGGGUUAGCGGGAGAUAAGGGACGGCCAGAAGAAAGUGAAAGAUUCUUACAUGUGAAGAGAAGAGAAUGGUGGUCAGCUCAGUAGGAGCGUAUGCUUGUUUUAAGCUAAAUUUAAGCCCUGUUGCUAACAGAAGGAUGACAAUGGCUUCUCCCGCAACUGCUGCUGCUCUGACUUGGUGUAAAACGAAAAUUAGAAUGAAAAGGACACCGUUCUCUUUAAAUUGGAGCGGCAAAAGAAAGCUCUGCUCCCUCACUAGUGCUCUUCACUCCACUCGCUCCAAUGGUAUACAAUCGGAAGAUAGCUAUGAUGUUAUUGUUGUGGGAGGAGGACAUGCAGGUUGUGAAGCAGCUCUUGCUUCAGCACGCCUCGGAGCAAAGACACUUCUACUCACACUAAAUCUUGAUCGUAUUGCAUGGCAGCCAUGCAACCCAGCAGUUGGAGGCCCUGCAAAAUCACAGUUGGUACAUGAAGUAGAUGCACUUGGUGGAGAAAUUGGGAGAAUGGCAGAUAGAUGCUAUUUGCAAAAACGAGUGUUGAAUCUUUCUAAAGGACCUGCUGUUCGUGCAUUACGUGCACAAACUGACAAGCGUGAGUAUUCUUUGGAGAUGAAGAAAGUUGUAGAAAGCACUCCAAAUCUCUAUAUGAGGGAAGCAAUGGUAACAGAACUGCUAAUUGGAAAGAAUGAUAAUGUGGAAGGAGUACACACAUUCUUUGGGGUUGAUUUUCUUGCUUCAGCAGUUGUUGUCACAACAGGAACAUUCAUGAAUGGGAAAAUCUGGAUUGGUAGAGCAUGUAUGUCAGCUGGAAGAGCAGGUGAAUCAGCAUCUCAAGGACUUACUGAAAACUUACAGUCACUUGGUUUUGAAACUGAUAGAUUAAAGACUGGAACACCUUCUCGUGUUGAUUGCCGCACUGUAGAUUUUUCUAGAUUGGAACGGCAGCCAGGAGAUGAAGAGGUCAGAUGGUUCAGUUUUGAUCCCAACGUUCAUGUAGAAAGGGAACAAAUGUGCUGUUACCUUACUCGCACAACUUUGUCCACCCACCAGCUUAUUAAAGAAAAUUUACACGAGACACCAACAUAUGGGGGCUGGGUUGAAUCAAAGGGGCCUCGAUACUGUCCAUCUAUUGAAGAUAAGAUAGUAAAAUUUAAGGACAAGGAAUCUCAUCAAAUAUUUUUAGAGCCUGAAGGUCGAAGUAUUCCAGAGCUUUAUGUACAGGGUUUCUCCACAGGCUUGCCAGAGAGACUUCAACUAUCAUUGUUGAGAACUUUGCCCGGUCUUGAAAACUGUGUGAUGUUGCGGCCUGCAUAUGCUGUAGAAUAUGACUAUUUGCCUGCACAUCAAUGUCAUAGAACUCUUAUGACAAAAAAGAUAGAUGGCCUCUUCUUUUCAGGCCAGAUAAAUGGGACAACCGGCUAUGAAGAAGCUGCAGCUCAGGGCUUGAUAGCAGGGAUAAAUGCUGCAAGGCUUUCUUCUGGCAAAACCCUUGUUGUACUUGAGAGGGAAAGUAGUUAUAUUGGAACAUUGAUUGAUGAUCUUGUGACAAAGGACCUUCGGGAACCUUAUCGUAUGCUAACAAGCCGUUCAGAACACCGUUUACUACUUCGAGCGGAUAAUGCUGAUUCCCGACUUACUCCAUUGGGCCGGGAAAUUGGUUUAAUCGAUGAUCGGAUGUGGAAACAUUAUGAAGAAAAGCAAGCUCGAAUAUUGCAUGAGAAAACCCGUGUAAAAACUGAGAAGAUUUCAGCUACUUCUGAAAUUGCAGAUAUAGUUGCAGAACAAUCGAAUCAACCAGUGAAAGAGAGUAUGACACUAGAAAAUAUCUUGAAACGUCCUCAUGUACAGUAUGAACUCUUGGACAAGCAUGGAUUUGGAAACCCGUUAUUAUCCAGAGAUGAGAAAGAGUGUGUGGAAGUAGAUAUAAAGUAUGAAGGAUUCAUUAACCGCCAGCGCACCCAUCUUCAGCAGGUUUCACAGAAAGAGCAUAGACCUCUUCCAGAGAACUUAGAUUAUUAUGCAAUCAGCACUCUAUCAUUGGAAUCGCGAGAAAAGCUUUCCAAGAUUCAGCCACAAACUAUAGGUCAGGCAUCAAGGGUAGGAGGCGUUAAUCCUUCAGACAUUACAGCUCUCUUGAUUCAUCUAGAAAGUAAUAGACGUCUAAGACAGAAGGAGAAAAAACUGCAAAAUGAGUUAAAUAAAUCAGGGAAAUCAGGUGAACAUGAUGCAGAAGCAGCCAUUUGCUAGUCAUUUUUCCUUGAGUUAAUUGUAUAAGCUUAUCUUGUAUAUUUAUUCAUAGUCCCUUGCACGAACAUUUUUCUGAUGCUAAAAAAUGUCAGGCUCGACACUUCUGCUUUAGAAUCAAUGCUAAUGUACAUUUGUUUUUA